GACAAUUCAGUUACUUCACCUGCUCUGCAUAAUAUUAGUACUCUUACAAAGGAAAGCCGGCCUCGUUCCUCAAUUAACAGCUCAUUGUUGAGUGGAAUUAUUUGUCUCCUCUAACUCCAAUUCAUAAUCAUUUUCUACUACGUAUAUUAAUUACUCGUCCUCUCCAUCUCCUCCUAGUUAAAUGUUAAAUGUUAAAUGUUAGCAAUUAAGUAGCCGAUAUAUGCUUCAUCAUCUUCCAUUCCAUGAUGGCUUGCAGGGUAGUAGCAUGUAUUAUUCUCAUGCUAUCUCAUAUUAUUGUGGGGUUUUUCGCUGACGCUGAUGAUGCAGCCGCCCUCCUCACCUUCAAGAAUUCUCUCUCUAAUCCCUCUCUGCUUUAUGACUGGAAGGAAACAUCCACUCCAUGCCGCGCCAAUACUUCAAUUUGGGUUGGCGUGGAUUGCAACGACGAUGGGUACAUCUAUAGGUUGAUUCUUGAGAACAUGGGCCUCUCUGGCAAGAUAGACUUCGACUCCCUGGCAUUGUUGCCACAGCUGAGGGCUUUAAGCUUCAAGAACAACAGCUUCCAGGGACCUUUUCCUGAUCACCUCAAUAAACUCAGAUCCUUGAAGACGCUGUAUUUGUCGUUCAACGAAUUCUCGGGUGUAAUUCCGGACGAUGCUUUUUAUGGGAUGAAUUCCUUGGCGCAACUUCAUCUGGGACAUAACGUUUUCAGUGGCCCAAUCCCUUCCUCGCUUGUUCCAUUGACAAAGCUUGUGAGACUCAGUCUUGAGGACAAUCAGUUUGAUGGCCAAAUCCCCGACUUUCAGCGCCACUUCUCUUUCUUUAACGUCUCUAAUAACCACCUUACGGGUCAUAUUCCGGCUUCCCUUGCCGAUAUCAGUCCAAGCCUUUUUGCAGGGAACGAUGGGCUUUGUGGAAAGCCGCUGCCGUCAUGCAAGUCGUCCAAGAACAAGACUCUGAUAAUCAUAGUGGUAGUAGUGGCCUCUGUGGUUGCAUUGGCUGCCAUCCUCGCAUUCGCCUAUUUUCGCCGUGGCCGAACCAAAACCCCCCAACUGAGUCUAAAGCAGCUCCAAGUUCAAGGUACUGAAGCCCACGCCCAAUUUGCCAUUAUGGCCCCAAAGGAGUCCCCUGAUGGCAACAAGGGAAAGUUGGAAUUCGUAAGGAACGAUAGGGAGAGAUUCGAGUUGCAAGGCCUUCUCAGGGCCUCUGCUGAGAUCUUGGGGAGCAGUGAUUUUGGGCCAUCUUAUAAGGCAGUGAUUGCAGACGGAUCUGCUAUGGUUGUGAAGAGGUUUAGGGAAAUGAGCGAUGCUCCAAAAUCUGAAUUCUAUGACCACAUCACAAGGCUUGGAACCCUGUCGCACCGUAACUUGCUCCCUCUUGUAGCAUUCUAUUAUAGAAACGAUGAAAAACUUUUAAUUUCAGACUAUGUCGAAAAUGGAAGCUUGGCUACACAUCUUCAUGGUAAGCAUAGUUCGGGAGGAAAAAAGCUAGACUGGCCAACUCGUCUAAAGAUAAUAAAAGGAGUAGCAAGAGGAUUGGCGUACCUACACAAAGAGUUGCCAAGCCUAACACUGCCACACGGUCACCUCAAAUCAUCAAACGUACUAGUAGACCAUACAUUCGAGCCUCUGUUGACAGACUACGCGCUGGCUCCCCUUGUGAACAAAGGUCAUGCACAGCAACACAUGGCAGCCUACAAGUCCCCUGAAUUCACCCAGUAUGCUCGCACUAUAAGAAAGACUGAUGUGUGGAGCCUAGGAAUACUAAUUCUUGAAAUGUUAACGGGCAAGUUCCCAGCUAAUUAUGAAAGACAAGGGAGCAGCAAAGGAGAUUUGGCGAGAUGGGUGAAUUCAGUAGUUAGAGAAGAGUGGACGGGGGAGGUGUUUGAUGUGGAGAUGAGCGGGACAAAGAAUGGGGAAGGUGAGAUGCUAAAGCUGCUGAAGAUAGGGAUGUGCUGCUGUGAAUGGAAAGUGGAGAGGAGGUGGGAUUUGAGAGAGGCAGUUGAUAGGAUCGAGGAGUUGAAGGAAAGAGAGAGGGAGUGUGAUGAGUUUAGCUCGAAUGCAAGUGAAGCCGACAUUUAUUCUUCCAGAGCUAUGACUGAUGAUGAUUUCUCUUUUUCCAUCAAUGCCUGAGUGAUCCUAUGCUACUGCCAUUGUAUCUAUUUUUAUCAUCGUCAAUCUCAUCCUCCCUUUUCUUUCGA